AGUAUAUUAAUGGUUUAAUCAUUCAAGCACCAUCAUUUACAGAGGAUAUGAACAAUAAAACAAAGUACUGAGUUUUCAGCAUGAUGAUGUUUGUAGAAAGUAUUGUAAACACUGUAAUACUUUUUCCAAUUUUGAUUAAGUAUUAUGCUUGUGCUAUUCUAUUUUCAGAGCCUUCUCAGACGCUUCAUAAAGUGAGACGUCCAGGUUGAUGUUUCCCCAGUAAAACUGGUCAAGCUUGAUGUGACAGACCAAAAGCUUUGGGUCAGUCCAAAGCAAGUGGACAUUGGCUUGGGAGCCACAGUUGCCCUCAAGGUGAUAAGAUUGCCCAACAAUUUCAGAAGUUCCUCUUCAGUGAGGCCAGAGGAGAGGAAUUCAUGGCCUUCAUUGCAUUGGAUGGAAAAUCGCGAGUUGACAGCUUCCUGCAUAAGGCCAUGAAUGGAUAUGCAGAACUGUGGAGCUUUGUGGAAAAGCUGCUGCUUCUGUCCCAUGGACAAGCUACUGUGGAGCGUGGGUUCUCCAUAAACAAGGAGGUGGAGAUGUGCAAUAUGAACGAAGACACUAUAGUCUCACAGAGACUAAUCUGCGACUAUGUGAGAUUGUGUGGUGGAGUGGUCAAAGUGCCUCUUACUAAAGAGCUGCUAAAUGAGUGCGCAUCUGCACGCAACCGGUACAGGAUAUUCUUGGAAGAUGAGAGGAAGAAAAAGGAAGAGACAAAACAGAUGAACAAGAGAAAAGGGGUUGAAGAUGAGCUUGAAGAGCUACGCAAGAAAAGAAGAACAAUCUCAACUGUGUGUGAAACUCUAGAAAAGGAUGCAGAUGGCCUUGCAGAGAAGGCUGAGAAUACAGCAGGGACCAAGAUGGCAGAACUUAUCACUAAAUCGAAUUCCAUGAGAAAAAGAUGCAAGGAAAAGAGAAGAGAGUUGGUGGACCUAGACCAUGAAAUUGAGAAGAGAGCAGCAGAGCUACGCCACAUGUCUUGAGGAGAAUUUGGGAUGUUACAAAACAAAGGGUUUCUCUCAUUAAAAGUCAUGUAUUAACAUUUGUGUUUUCUAACAGUUAUGUAGAUUAUUUGUCAACUUUUUGGCUUGUGAAAGGCUGUUUUGAGGACUUUCAUUACUGAGCUUAUUUUCAGUAUUCUAUUCUACACAGUUCCUUUUUGUUUAGUGUAAUCCAACUUAUCUAUGUUACGUUCUCUCUGUUCUACAUCACAAAGGAACAAAAAAAAAGAAAUUAAAAAGGUUUCAAAGAAAAGUGUUUUUCCUUUUUUUUUUUUACUUACCUAGUUUACACAUUGCACAUAAUUGAUACCAAAAUGGAAAACUUAAAGUUUUGAUUUCCAUUGUAGGAGGCAAUCAAUUGAGUAGCCUGUUCCAAAGAAAUUAUGAAAUUUUUCCGUCUUAAAUUUAUAUUUGUUGAGGUCUUAAAAAGGUCUUAAAAAUCAUUAAAUUUUACUUUUAAAAUGGUGCAAGA